AUGAAGCCCCUGGUGGUUAUAAUAGUGCUGAUAGCAGUGGUGCAGGUUUCUCAGACUUUCCCCUAUUUACACCACAGAGGCUGGUUGAGAUUGUUAAGGGAAGGAGAUAGUUGUGGAAAAUGCAAUUUGGAACUUUGCUCUAAGCCUACAAACUGUCCAGCUGGUACUGUAUUAGAUCAAUGUGGCUGCUGUCUGGAAUGUGGGAACGUGGAAGGGCAGAUCUGUGACUUGGACUAUGGCAAUCAUUUCUACGGGCAAUGCGGAGAAAAUUUGGAGUGCAGGUUAGAUGCUGACGAGGCAAAGUUUGGGGAAGUCCCUGAACCACAAUGUGUGUGCAAAUUCCAGGAAAGUAUCUGUGGACCUGAAGGGAAGACCUAUGAGAACAUCUGCCAAUUCGGUGAGGCUUACUCUAAGAGAGGAAAUAUCACCAUGAAGCACAAUGGACCAUGUGAAUCAGCUCCUGUUAUUUCUUUGCCUCCUCAAGAUGUUGAGAAUUUCACAGGUAAUGACAUAAUUUUUGGCUGUGAGGUGUCAGCCUAUCCUAUACCACACCUGGAGUGGAAGAAAAAAGGGAAUAAAAUGUUUCUGCCAGGAGAUGAUGCCCACAUUUCAGUCCAGGCAAGAGGUGGCCCUCAGAAGAAUGGUGUGACAGGCUGGCUGCAAAUUCAAGGCCUCAAGAAGUCAGAUGAAGGUGUCUACAUCUGCCAUACAAAAAACAAAUAUGGUACUACAUAUGCCUCCGCAAGAUUAAAAGUUAUUGACGGUUCAUCCUCUGCAUUUGAGAUUACUGUUGGCAGCCGAAUCACAAGCUACAACACAGAUUAUGAAGAUUAUUAUGACCGUGCUGAAGAUAAAGAGGAGGAAGAUGAGUCUGGAGACUAUGCAAAUUGAAACAAGACCAUAUAAGAGUUUAGGUACACUGGCUAUCCAAUAUCCUUGCCAUUCAAGUGUAUUUACUAAUAUAAUUUGUGCAAUAAAAAGUCCCAUAAUUCCCACAUACAAACACACCUUUUUGGAAUACACUUUUCUCAAGGUGUAUUGUGCUGAUUACAAGUAAUGAUAUUUUUCACAUAUACGUUUAUAUCUCUAGACUGUUGAAUAAAAAUCUUAAACAUACCCUUACAUGUAUCAAAAAGAUAAUCUUUUACAUUUUAACUUUUAAAAAAAGUAAGCUCUGAAUUUAGAACAUUACAAUUUGCUUUUUAAAAAGUUCUGAAACGACAGGAAAUCAUAACCUAAUUAUCCAUUUUUUUAUAUUUCUGCAGUGAAUAUGUAGGUACCAGGAAAGUGUUCAUGCAGUAGCAACAAAAGUAGCUAAGAUUGCAGAAUACUUUUUUAUGUAUAUUUUCCACUUCAUGCUUAAUCAUAAUGUCAAGAGCAGGGGUGGGCAUUUAUUUCAGCUGGAGGGCCGCUUAAUGAGUUUUAGUGAAGU